GUGCAUAUGGAAUUUUUAAGAGUCAGAUGAAAAGAGACUGCAACUCUAUUUGGCUCAACUGUGUAACAGUAGGACAGUUUUCCAAUACUACCAAAUUAUUGCUGCCAAAGAAAAUUUGCCAAAAGAUGCUCUGAGCUGCUUCUAAGUAUUAGAACCAGAAAUUUAUAAUUAAAAGCUUGAGUAGUUCUUCCUAGGAAUCUUUUAUUUUGCCAAGUCCUUUCUACUUACCACAGCGCUACAUAUCCUAUGUAGUCUUUUAUCCAGUUGCUGUCUACUAUGGCAAAAGCAGGUGUGGGAAGCAGUCUGGGGCAAUGGUUCUGGUAGUUGUGUGAGCUCAGUGGUGCUGACAAGUUUUACUUAUGGUAAUCAAGCAGAUCUGGAAAAAAGAGAACUAAAUUUCUGUGGUACUGCAAAGUGCCGCCUCUCAGUCACACCCCGUCAGCGGCAGCUCAGCCCUGUACACUUGUACCUUGCCUGCAGCUCUGCCUCUGCUGCAGGAGACAAACAGCCCAACCACGGGCAAAAAGAUCAGAUUGGACUGAAGGGCACCCACAGCUGUGUCUGGACAUGGUGUGCUAAGAAGCAAACAAAGAAGUUUACCUAGAAGAUAAGUUUUCUUGAAUGAGGAGGGUGAGCGGGAGUGUUCCUCAUCUUCAGCCACAAUGUUGUCUUAUGUCUGCAUGAACUGGAUUCUUCUGGUCCUAUUUACAGGCCCCACAGUAUCAGAAAUAGUGAUCGGAGAGGUUGGUCAGAACGUCACCGUGCCCUGCUUCUACAGCGUCCGGAGGACACAAGACAUCACAUCCAUGUGCUGGGGGCGGGAUAGCUGCCCUAAUUCACGGUGUUCUCGGCCCAUUGUCUGGACAGAUGGAUGGAGGGUGACAGAGCAGUACAGCAGCAGGUACCUAUUGCGAGGGAACCUGACGAAGGGCGACGUUUCCCUCACGAUUGUGAACGCCGAGGAAGCAGACAGUGGGACUUACUGCUGCCGUGUGGAGCACCGGGGGUGGUUCAACGAUCAAAAAACUAAUCUCAAGGUUGUGAUAAGGAAAGCUAGGAUCUCUACUGCAAGUCCUCACACUUACACCUCUGAACAGACAUCAGCUCCUGGAAGCACCAGUGGAUCCUCCUUUACUGUCACAGAAACGUGGCCAGCAUCUGCCUCAGAAGCUCCUGAGAAUGCCUCUGGUCCCUGCUCUGACACCUCAGACUGCUCAGAUGUUACUGCAAACCUGCAGAACACCUCUGUAUCGCUUCCCAGUCAGCAGUAUGCAGAAAAUGGUCUGUACAUUGGGAUUGGGUCAUGUGCAGUACUUCUGGUCAUCCUGAUUUUGGCUCUGUUCCUCACUAAACAAUACUUAUACAAUACGAAGAAGAUGGAUGACUUUGCAAACUUCAUUGCAUUUCAGAGGCCACAAGGUGUGGGGAAUCACAAUGCCCUGGAAGAUGAGAUCCAUGCAGAGGAAAAUGUUUACAUCAUACACUAAGGACUGUAUUAAUGCUUGCCUUUGUCACUGUGGGGACAUUAAAUAGUUUGCAAAAUGUUAGCUGCUCCCUCUGCUCAGCAGCUGCAUGUGUCUGCACUACUGAAGCAUUACUCACAUCGUUCUAAUAAAACAAAUAAAAGCUAAACUUGCAAUUAAAAUCUUUAUCAGCCUGUUCCAGAAAGAGAAACUGAAACCCUACUGUUUUAAAUGGAAAUUUUCAUUUCCUAAAGAAAGUUACCAUUAUAUUUAUUAUCUGCUUCAAAUUCUCGCUUCCUUUUUGGAAAAAAGAGGAAGUGCCAGAAGGGCAGAAUUGACUUCGCUGUGGGUUCUGUCUGCCACCUACCACAGAGCUUGUGCCAUCAGAGGGCAGAAGCAAUAUCAAAGCUGCUGUGACAAACCUGUCACAUGGGAAAACUUGGUAGUAUUAGUGAUUUAAUGUACAUUUAGUUGGAUUUUCAGUGAAGACAAGUAUACCCAGUCCUGGUAACAGCUCAGUAAUACAAUAUACUAAUUCCUGUCCACCUGCAGUUAAAGCUGGGGGAGCUAUGGAUGCUCACCCCUCAUGGGAUGACCUCGGAGCCUACAGCAUCAGUACUUCAAUGUACAGAAUAUUCACACCUUGUGUUAAGAGAACUAUGACUAAAUGUGUUUCUCUCUACAAAAUACAUCUCUUUUUUUCUGUGGUUUUCUCCUCAGGCCCACCUAUACCCUGAGAAGCCCUUGGGGUGGAAAGUCUUACUUCCAGGCAUCUAAAACAACUGAACAAAUAAUACCCACCUUGUAAAGUUAAUUAAGUCCUCUUCUUAGCUUAUGGAGAAGUCAUGGACAUUACACAAAAUAUUGCUUUGAAGUUGGCCUGCCUUCACACCCCUCUAAAUAGCAAACAACUAAUUCAUAAGAAUGCUGAAUGUAUUUGAUGGAUUUUAGCCCAUAAAUACAGAGAAUCUGUGGUUGAAGUCUUUCCUCCAUUGCUCCUCAGUUAGUGAUGUGUCUCAGCUCUUACC